AAACAACCAUUCGCGCCCUAAAGCCCUUUGCGCCGCACUGCAAGUUGGAACUUGUCUGUCUUUUCUCGUUGGACGCAGUUGGUCAGAGGAUUGUGCAUUGAUUAAGUCUGAUUAAUCGCCAUGGCGAGGGGCUCCCUAGUCGAAAAUGGGGCUGACGAGGUGGGCCAAAUGGAACGCAGGGAAGGGAGUAUUGUCCGUGUCCGCAUGAAGGAUUUCGUGACUUACGACAGUGUAGAGUGCGUUCCUGGAGAGUCUUUGAAUGUUGUCAUUGGUCCCAAUGGAACAGGAAAGUCCACUAUACUGUGUGCUAUUGUUCUUGGUCUUGGUGGGAAGCCUGCCCAUUUGGGCAAGCAGAAUACAAGUAUUCAAGACUUUAUUAAAUCAAAUCACAGAGAGGCCCAGAUAGAGAUUGAGCUCUAUCGGCACAGGAAAAAUUCUGUUAUUAAGAGGACCAUCCAUAACGAUGGGAAAAGCAUUUGGCAUUUAAAUGGACGUCAAGUUAACUUGAAAGAUAUAGAAGCAGAGACUAAGGCUUUAAAUAUCCAGAUUGACAAUCUUUGUCAAGUUCUCGCUCAAGACAGAGUCCAAGAUUUUGCAAAGCUUAACAAACAAGAGUUACUUGAAGCAACCCAGAAGGCUGUAGGGAAGGAAGGCAUGUCAGAGAUACAUGCCAACCUCAAAAAUCUUCAAAAGAGACAGAAGGAUCUUGAACAGCAACUUGUUGCAGACAAACACAGGCGAGACCAAGAACAAGAACAUGUGGAAAGGUUGAAAGGAGCUGUUGAGAAGAUGGAAAGACGAAGAGGAAUAGAGGAGGAGGCUGAAGCUUGUCGCCUUAAGAUGAGCUUAAUGGAGUACAAGUCUAAACUUGAAGAAGUAAAACGCUUCAAAGAGCUUAAGAAGGAAGCGGAAAAGAAUGUUGAUAAAAUAAAAGUCCAGAUUGAGCCCUUCACCCAGAAAAUUGCAGAAGCUGAGAGUAAACACAAAGAAGCUAAGAAAAAGCAGAAUGGUAUGGAACGGAGACUGGCUCAUCAGUCAGACGCUGUGAAGGAACCUCGAGACCAGCUUGAGUCUAUAAGACAUGAAAUACUUGAGCUUGAAGUGGACCUGGAGAAGCGGAUGAAACAAUCAGUCACUCAGCUGGAUGAUGAAGCCAAGGUGCGCCAAACUAUUAGCAAAUUCAAAAAUGACAUCAACAGUCUUGAGGGAACAUCAGAAGCAGAUAAUAAAAACAGAUGUAAGCAAUUAAAGCAAGAAAUGGCUCAGAUGGGUCAUCAAAUUCAGGCAGCUGAAAAUAAGAGAUUUCAGAUAGAUAAUGAAAUUAGUGAUCUUCAAAAUCAGCUCAAUGAUGUUAAUCGGCAGAUAUCAAAACUGAAUAAUGUUAAAGAGACACGUUUGAGGCAACUGAAUGAAUUCAGUCCUGAUGCUUACCAGGCUGCCCUGUGGGUUGAGAAGAAUAGAGGGCAGUUUCGGGCACCAGUAUAUUUACCUAUGAUGGUUGAACUUGAUGUCAACCCUACGUAUGCUAGAUAUGCAGAAAAUGCUAUUGGGCAAGCAGACUUAAUUGCUUUUGUGUGUGAAAACAAAGAAGACAUGAAAGACAUUGUAGAUGUCUGCAGGAAACAGAAAAAACUUAGAGUCAACGUGUUGCAUGCGGACCCUGAUUGCCCUCCUUCUAGGCCGCAAUAUAGUUUUGAUCAAGUCAAGGCUCAGUUUCCACAAUUUCAUGGAUAUCUGAUUGACUAUAUCAAAGGACCAACCACCUUGCUAAAUUUCCUUUGCAACCGGAAAAGGUUUAAUAAUAUUCCAGUGACUCUUUCAGAAGUUGAAGCUUCAGAUACCUUCACUCUAUAUUAUUCAGGGGAUUUAAGGAAAGGGCAUCAAAGAUCAAAUUACCAGGCUGGACAAAAGAUAUAUUUUUCAGACUUCCUUAAUAGAGCUAAGUUUUUUUCACAAAAUACUAAUGAUGCUGAUAAAGAUACUCUUCAGCAAAGUGCUGCCGAAUUCAACACAAGGAUUGCUCAAAAGCAAAGAGAAGCAGAUGCUGUGAAGCAAAAGACACAAUCAAUUACGGAAGAAAGAGAAAAUAAACGUAAUGAAGUACACAAGCUGGAGCGGGCUGAGACAACUUUGCAGAAUACCAAAUUUCGUUUAGCCCAGAAAGAAAAGGAAUUAGUCACUUUGGAAAGAAACAGGGUUAAUCCUGAUGUGAUUAAGGCCAAUUUUUCAAGCAAAGUUAAAGCUGCUACUUUGAAGCUCAUUAAUGCACAAGAAAAUCUGUACAGCGCUUUGAAACAGCUUGACUCUCAUGUGGUUGAAAACCAAUUGAUUGGGUUUGAAGUCCAAGCUGCCCGGUCUUUAGUAGAGAAAACUAAACAGUCUUGUGCUGCUGAGAAAGAGUUGCUAAGAAAUGCAGAGGCAGACCUUGAAAGUAUAGGCAAUGAGUUUGCAAAAAUACGCACUGAUGCAACAAAACAACUUCAUGCCAUUGAGAAGAAAAACUCAAAUAGGAAACCCAACGAUAUAUGGGUUGAGAACGAAGCAUUGUUCUCAACCUUACCCAAUACUAUUGAAGAGUUAGAAACUCAUAUUGAAGAUAAGUUGGCUCAUGCCCAAAUGCUUGGGGGAGGCAAUGAUGAUGUCAUUCGCCAAUUUGAAGGGCAUGUGAGAACAUUAGAUCAACUGCAAGUGAAAAUUGCAGACAAAGAAGAGCAAACUGCCAACUUAGUGAGGGAUAUGGAAAACCGUGAGAAUCAGUGGAGACAAGAGUUGAAUGAGCUUGUUGAUGCUAUUUCAUCUAAUUUCAGCAGAUAUUUCAAAGAAAUGAAAUGUGCUGGUCAAGUUGACUUGUUUACUGGAAAUAGUGAACAUGACUAUGACAAUUACGGCUUGAGAGUCCGGGUAAAGUUCCGUGACAAUGAAGAUUUGCAGGACUUGAAUGCCCACACACAAAGUGGUGGGGAAAGGGCGGUAUCCACUGCUAUCUACAUGUUAGCUUUGCAGGAGCUAACUCCAGCCCCAUUUCGCUUAGUUGAUGAAAUCAAUCAGGGUAUGGACUCAAAGAAUGAGCGUAGGGUUUAUGAACUCUUACUGCGCAGUACUAGUCGCCCAGGCACUCCUCAAUAUUUUCUUUUGACUCCAAAGCUUCUCAAAGAUAUGGAGUACAAUCCAGGCACAACUGUGUUAUGUGUCAUGAAUUCAGCAUGUGCUCCAAGUCACAAGGCUUGGGACUUGAACAAGUUCAUUGAGUUAGCCAACAGAGCUAAUGCUUAAGAAUUAUACCUGUUGUGUUAACUCCAGCAGGGUGUUUUUUUAUGUUUCUUUUUAUUUUAGGAAUUUUGUUCACAAAUUUUCAAUGUCAUUUUAUUUUAAAUUGUUCCAUCUUGGAAACCUUAUGGUGGCUAGUUUGUGCUUAUGAGAAUGGCCACCCCUCUUUCCUAUUCUAUGGAGGAAUGUUUGUUUUUGCAUUUCUUGUAUUAGUAGUGAUUAUUUGCAUUAUAUGAUCUUAAAAAGUUUAUAAAUGUCAUUUCAUAUGA